CAUCCAGCCUUCAACGGUCUUGUCGCCGUCCGCAGCCCGCCUACGUCCGCUCACCCAGCAGCCCCGCCUACGCCGCCCAGCUCAGUGACGACGAUGUCAGCGUCAAAUACAGCGCGACUGUUCUCCAGUCGCCCGUUUUCUUCAAUUCCAUCUGCGUAUCAUGUCUGGCACUCCCUUUCCCCACGAGCUUCCUGACCCCCGCGAUCCCAACCUCGAGCAGUUCGGGCUCAUCGCCGCGCGGAAGUUCACUACUGCAAAUCGCAUGAAUCGGGAACGCUGCGGCGAAGGCGAUUCAUGGAUGGACGUUGAUGCCGUCUGCUUCACCCUUGCGGCGCUGUACAAUGCCUGGCUGGAGAUGAAGGCAAAAGCCGGCAGCACCCCACGGUGGGAUCAAGCGCGGGCCGAAAUGUCCCGCUGCGCUCGUCUGGCAUACGACACCCUCAUCUUGACAGUGUUUGAGCCUUCAGGCUCGACGCCCGCCGGCCCCGCAUUCGGAAUAGGCUACGGCUACGGGCUCCGCCAUCUUCCUCCGUCGCGCGAAGAUGUGCAGGCGUACGUACUCGAAGCCCUCGAAUGGUGGUGGCUCCUGCGACUGCGUGCGCUCGCCGACACCCGCUUGCCGAAGGGGUACGCGCCUGUAUUGGAUAGAGUACCAGUUUUCCGGCACGCAACGUCCACGCCCCCCGUCUCGCUCCCAGUCUCGCCAGACCUCGCUCCGCAGGGCUCCCCUCCGUCCUCGGUAGCGUGGCAUGGAGACUCUACGCUCCCCUUGGACGAGUCGUACGCCCACAAGUCGAUGCACGCGGUUAUAGGCUGGAGAGCGAACGGAAUGCUUGGCGUUCUGGCAUUGCACGUUGAACGGUCGCGAUGGGUAUGGUAUUCGGACUUUCGGCAGAGCGACCUCACGCGCAAAGUUCUUGGCGAAGCUGGCCUCUCCCCUCUUCUGAACCAGCCGAGCCUGCCGGGGUCACUGCGCGGGCACAGGCAGCAGUAGGGAGGAAAAAAGUUCAGGUAGUCAGUUGUAUUGCUGUAUCCUCCGUUGUAUGCCUCUGAGCGACUCUCAGCGACUGUAUUACUUGACAUCGCGCCCCAUACUUCCGACGCUAAACUAGGAGCGCCAUUCGCGAUGAACU